AAUGGGACACAUGCUGGAAAACUCACCACGCUUCAUAAAAAUCACAGGGGUAACAGUUUCCAUCACCGUUGCGGUAUGAAAGGUACUCUUUGGAUUGUCUGCUGGUGGCUAAGAUGGAUCAGUCUUUCUCUGUUUCUGUUAGCGAUGUGCUGAAGGAUCCGGAUUUACUGAAAUACUGACGCCCAUAAACUUACUCCCUCUCUGUUGAAGGCAUUGGAUGUGACACUGCAGAGAAACAUGUGUUUCACAUUUCUGACUGGUUGUUUUGGUGCAAUCAAUACCCCCACCAGAAACAUUGACUUAGGUGGCGAUUACCAUACCGGGAGGCACACGGAGCGCCUCUUUCGGGUUGCAUGCCAAGUGAGCACAAAUCAAAGAGUCCGCCGUUCCUGUGAAGUGGGGGCGUCAGUUCCCCCCAAACUCCGGGGCAAAGGCAGCGGGCGGUGUUCCCAGCCCACCAAAGAGAGCCCGGACUCGGGGUGCGGAAUGAGCAAUGACCAAAGCGCUGUCAGGAGUGGCAGGCAGUCGGAUCGGAUGGGGAUCAGUGAGGCAAUAACGGUUGAAAGAAAGGUGGAUCGCGAAAUUAUUGCCCGAAGGAGUAGCAGGCGAGGCGGAAUGAUGAUAAAGUUAAACUUCUGUUUCAUCUUCUGUCGGGGAUGGUGGGCGUUUCUGUUGCUUCAGCUCCACAUGUUGCAAGCACUGGCACAAGAUGAUGUUGCACCAUACUUCAAGACUGAACCAGGCUUGCCCCAGAUACACUUGGAAGGAAAUCGACUUGUACUUACAUGCCUUGCCGAAGGCAGCUGGCCCUUGGAAUUUAAGUGGUUACGCAAUGACAGUGAAAUAACCGCCUACUCCAAUGAAUAUAAGUACAUCAUCCCAGCUUUGCAGAGGUCUGAUGCAGGCUUUUAUCAGUGUGUCGUACGAAACAGGAUGGGGGCAUUGCUGCAAAGAAGAUCUGAAGUCCAAGUGGCAUAUAUGGGAAAUUUCAUGGACACAAACCAGAGAAAAACAGUGACUCAAGGACAAGCUGCAGUUCUGAACUUCCUACACAUACUCAGCUACCCAAGACCACAAGUGACAUGGUUUAGAGAUGGGCACAAGAUUAUACCAAGCAGCAGAAUAGCCAUCACACUGGAGAAUCAGCUGGUCAUCCUUGCAACAUCAGUGACCGAUGCAGGAGGCUACUAUGUCCAGGCUGUCAAUGAAAAGAAUGGGGAGAACAAGACAAGUCCGUUUAUUCAUCUCAGCGUAGCAAGUGCCACAGACCCGUCUGACACCGUGGCUCCCGUCAUUGUAAUCCCUCCACAGAAUACAAGCAUUGUAGCAGGGAAAAGUGAAAUCACGCUGGAGUGUGUGGCCAAUGCAAGACCUCUUGAGAGACUAAGCAUGACCUGGAAGAGAAAUGGAGUAAAAAUAACCAGUGGCAUUAGCAGUUUUGGGAGACGACUCACUAUCACCAACCCAACCUCUGCUGAUGUGGGGAUGUACUUCUGUGAAGCAAAAUUGAGAGACAGCACAGAGGAACCAGCAAGAGCGAAAGCCUUCCUUUCUAUAAUGGAAGCACCAUAUUUUACGGCUGAGCCCGAGAGCGUGAUUUUGGCUGAAGUGGAGAAAGACGUGGACAUCCUGUGCCAGGCGAUGGGUGUUCCCAUUCCCACUCUGGUCUGGUAUAAGGACUCUGUUCCCCUCAGCAAGCUAGAAAACCCCCGCUACAAAGUACUGCUGAAUGGUGGGCUGCGGAUCCAGGCGCUGCAUCCUCAGGAUGCUGGAAUCUUCCAGUGUUUUGCUAGUAAUAAUGCCGGGGAGAUACAGACGUACACCUACCUGGAUGUGACUAACAUUAAACCAGCAUUUAUACAGCCUCCAGAGGAUACCACUGUUACAGAGGGAAUGACCGCAGUGCUAACCUGUGAAGUUUCAGGGGCUCCAAAACCUGCCAUCUCAUGGAAGAAAGGAAACCAGAUCUUAGCCAGUGGCUCAGUUCAGAUUCCUCGGUUCAUUCUUCUUGAAUCUGGAGGGCUCCAGAUAACACCCGUUUUCCUUCAGGAUGCCGGCAAUUAUACUUGCUGUGCAGUCAACUCUGAAGGAGCUCUGAAUGCUUUUGUGAUGCUGACAGUGUGGAAUCACACUUUCAUUUUUCGCCCUCCUGAGGAUAGCACUGUGAUCAAAGGAACCACAGCCACUCUGCGAUGUGAAGCGACUCAUGAUCCUAGAAUUUCAAUCAGGUAUGUUUGGAAGAAGGACAGUGUUGUAAUAAAUCCAUCCAGCAGUUCCAGGAUCACAGUAGAGAAAGAUGGAACCCUCCUCAUCAGCCAGACAUGGUCAGGUGACAUCGGAGACUACACCUGUGAGGUCAUUUCUUUUGGAGGAAAUGACUCCAGAACGGCUCGACUAGAAGUGAUCGAGCUGCCUCAUUCCCCUCAGAAUCUUCUGGCCACUCUAAAUUCCUCAUACAGCCGCAGCGUGAUGCUCUCCUGGGUGCGUCCCUUUGAUGGAAACAGCCCUGUUCUCUACUACAUGGUCGAGCUCUCUGAGAACAAUUCUCCCUGGAAGGUUCACCUAUCAAAUCUUGACCCAAAGAUGACCGGUGUUACUGUGAGCGGACUAACUCCAGCCCGAACUUAUCAGUUUAGGGUGUGUGCGGUUAACCAGGUGGGAAAGGGCCAGUACAGCUCUGAGACCAGCAGGUUGAUGCUACCUGAGGAGCCCCCCAGUGCCCCACCUAAAAACAUAGUGGCCAGUGGGCGCACCAAUCAGUCUAUCAUGGUCCAGUGGCAACCUCCUCCCGAGAGUGAACAUAAUGGAGUUCUUCAUGGGUACAUCCUAAGGUAUCGCCUGGCCGGCCUCCCUGGAGAAUACCAGUAUAAGAACAUCACCAGUGCAGAAAUUAACUACUGCUUAGUGAAAGACCUGAUCAUUUGGACCCAGUAUGAAAUCCAGGUGGCAUCUUACAAUGGAGCGGGGCUGGGAGCGUUCAGCAGACCUGUGACAGAGUACACUUUACAGGGAGUGCCUACAGCUCCACCGCAGAAUGUGCAAGUCGAAGCCGUGAACUCCACAACCAUCCAGUUCCUCUGGAACCCUCCACCCCAACAGUUCAUCAAUGGUAUUAACCAAGGUUACAAGCUUCUAGCAUGGCCAGUGGAUGCUCCAGAGACUGUGACUAUGGUCACCAUCGCUCCAGAUUUUCACGGUGUUCAUAGUGGCUGCAUCACCAACCUGAAGAAAUACACUACUUACUAUGCAUCGGUUCUGUGUUUCACCACACCUGGCGAUGGACCACGAAGCACACCCCAGCUCCUGCGCACCCUUGAAGACAAGCCAGGAGCGGUGGGACACCUGAGUUUCACUGAGAUUCUGGACACGUCUCUCAAGGUCAGCUGGCAAGAACCUGUUGAGAAAAAUGGCAUCAUUACAGGGUAUCAGAUCUCCUGGGAGGUGUAUGGCAGGAAUGAAUCUCGUCUUGCCCGUACGCUACCCAACACAACGCUGGAGUACAAGAUCACGGGGCUGUCAUCUCUCACCACCUACACAAUUGAGGUGGCAGCUGUGACCGCAAAAGGGAGUGGAUGGGUCACGUCCUCUACCAUCUCUUCUGGUGUGCCCCCAGAACUUCCAGGUGCUCCAUCCAACCUGGUGAUUUCCAACAUCAGCCCUCGCUCUGCCACGCUUCAGUUCCGGCCAGGGUACGAUGGCAAAACCUCCAUCUCCAAGUGGAUAGUCGAAGGCCAGGUUGGGGUACUGGGUGAUGAAGAAGAGUGGGUGAGUCUUUGUGAGGUGGAGAAUGAACCUGACGCUCAGAUGCUGGAGGUACCGAACCUUACUCCUUACACCCAUUACAGGUUCCGGAUGCGGCAGGUGAACGUGGUGGGCCCCAGCCCGCUCAGCCAGCCCUCCCGUGUCAUCCAGACGCUGCAGGCUCCACCAGAUGUUGCCCCCGGGAGCGUCACCGUGCGCACGGCCAGCGAGACCAGCCUGUGGCUGCGAUGGGUGCCCCUCCCCGACACGCAGUAUAACGGCAAUCCAGAGUCAGUGGGGUACAGGAUCAAGUUCUGGCGUGUGGAUCUGCAGUCUCCCACCUUGGUGAAGGUUAUUAACGACCGAUUGGAAAGAGAGUACACGAUUGAAGAUCUGGAGGAGUGGACGGAGUAUGAACUGCAGAUCCAGGCUUUCAAUGCCAUUGGGGCAGGACCAUGGAGCGAAGUAGUGAGAGGGCGCACACGGGAGUCCGUUCCCUCUGCUCCUCCUGAGAAUGUCUCUGCUGAAGCCGUGAGUUCAACCCAGAUCCUUCUGACAUGGACCGCGGUCCCUGAGUCCGAGCAGAACGGUCUCGUCCUGGGUUACAAGAUACUUUUCAAAGCAAAAGAUUUAGACUCUGAACCAAAGAGCCAAAUAGUAAGAGGUAACCACACUCAGUCUUUCCUGCUGUCUGGCUUGCGGAAAUACGUGCUCUAUGAGAUCCAGGUAUUGGCAUUCACCCGUAUCGGAGAUGGAGUCCCCAGCUUUCCUGCAGUUAUAGAAAGAACCAAGGAUGAUGCCCCCGGGCCGCCUGUGAGGCUGGUGUUCCCUGAGGUGAGGCUGACAUCCGUACGGAUUGUUUGGCAGCCGCCAGAGGAGCCCAAUGGAAUUAUUCUGGGGUAUCAGAUUGCCUACCGUCUGGCCAGCAGCAGCCCUAACAAGUUCACGACGGUGGAGGUUGGCUCAACAGUCCGGCAGUUUACUGCUACAGAUCUCACCCCUGAGUCAGCAUACAUCUUUCGGACAUCUGCCAAGACCAGGCAGGGCUGGGGGGAGCCUCUGGAAGCCACAGUGAUCACAACAGAAAAAAGAGAACGACCAGCACCUCCCAGGCAGCUGAUGACCCCCCAGAGUGAUGUGUCAUCACGAAGUCUGCUGUUGAAGUGGGUCCCUGGAAGUGACGGAUCUUCACCAAUACGGUAUUUUACAGUACAAGUGCGAGAACUGCCAGAUGGAGACUGGCAAACCUACUCCUCUUCCAUCAGCCACGAGGCAACAUCCUGCAUUAUUGAAAGCUUGAACCCAUUCACCUCUUACAAACUGCGAGUGAAAGCAACCAACGAUAUCGGAGACAGUGACUUCAGCACAGAGACUGAAGCGGUCACAACUCUGCAGGAUGUUCCAGGUGAACCACCCAGUUCCGUGUUAGUAACUCCCCACACGACUUCGUCUGUCCUUGUGCAGUGGCAGCCACCCAAAGCUGAGAGUCUAAAUGGCUUGCUGUUGGGAUACCGGAUCUACUAUCGGGAGCUGGAUUACACCACUGGAUCUGGAACAGAAUCCAAAACCAUCCAGAACCCUUCAGCUUUAAGAGCAGAGCUCACACCCCAAAGCAGCUUCAAGACAGUGAACAGCAGCUCUGCAUUAACGACGUAUGAAUUAACACAGUUGAAGAAAUACAAGAGAUAUGAAGUACUAAUGACAGCAUAUAAUGUAAUUGGCGAGAGCCCUACCAGCACGCCAGUGGAAGUGUUUGUGGGCGAAGCAGCACCAGCGCUGGCCCCACAGAACAUCCAAGUAAACGCCCUUUCUGCAAGCCAGCUGGAGCUCACCUGGGACCCCCCUCCCGCCGACAGCCAAAAUGGGAACAUCCAAGGCUACAAGGUUUACUACUGGGAGAGUGACAUCCAAAAUGACACAGAGAAAGUGAAGGUCCUUUUCCUCCCUGAGACAACCGUCCGGCUCAAAAACCUGACCAGCCACACGCGGUACAUGGUCUGCAUCUCUGCUUUCAACGCAGCCGGGGACGGCCCCAGGAGCAGCCCCUCGCAGGGCAGGACACACCAGGCGGCACCCAGUGCUCCCAGCUUCUUGGCGUUCUCUGAAAUCACUUGCACGACACUCAAUGUGUCUUGGGGCGAGCCGACAGCAGCAAAUGGAGUCCUGCAGGGUUAUCGAGUAGUCUAUGAGCCUUUGGCUCCCAUCCAGGGGGUGAGUAAGGUGGUGACCGUGGACAUUAAAGGGAACUGGCAGCGUUGGUUGAAGGUCCGAGAUCUCACCAAGAGCAUGACCUAUUUAUUCAGAGUGCAAGCCCGAACCAUCGCCUAUGGACCUGAACUGCAAGCCAACGUCACAGCUGGGCCAGCAGAAGGGUCUCCCGGCUCCCCUCAGGAGAUUCUGGUGACAAAAUCUGCUUCUGGGCUGACACUACAAUGGACUGAGGGAGAUUCAGGAGAAAAACCCACCAUUGGGUACAUUAUAGAGGCACGACCCUCAGAUGAAGGGCUGUGGGAUAUGUUUGUGAAGGACAUCCCUCGCAGUGCUACCUCCUACACAGUCGGCCUGGACAAACUCAAGCAGGGUGUGACCUAUGAAUUUCGGGUGGUGGCUGUCAAUGAAUUUGGCUAUGGAGAACCAAGUGUUCCCUCUGUGGCAGUAUCAGCACAAACAGAAGCCCCUUUCUACGAGGAGUGGUGGUUUCUGCUGGUGAUGGCACUCUCAAGUCUGAUCCUCAUCCUCCUGGUGGUGUUUGCGUUGAUCCUGCAUGGCCAGAGCAAGAAGUACAAGAACUGCAGCACAGGUAAAACCAUCUCCAAUAUGGAAGAGUCGGUCACCCUGGAUAACGGAGGCUUCACUGCUCUGGAGCUCAACAGCAGACACCUGAACAUCAAGAGCACCUUCUCAAAGAAGAAUGGAACCAGGUCUCCUCCUCGCCCAAGCCCAGGGGGGCUGCACUACUCUGAUGAGGAUAUCUGCAACAAGUACAACGGAGCUGUGCUGUCCGAGGGCUUGGGCCUGAACGAGAAGCCCUUAGAAGUGUCGGAGUCGGAGGCCACUGACUCAGAUUAUGAAGAUGAGUUGCCAAAACACUCCUUUGUGAACCAUUACAUGAGCGAUCCCACGUACUACAACUCAUGGAAGCGGCAGCAGAAAGGGGUGAAGCACCCGGCAUCCUAUAGAUACGAGGAGUGCGCCGCCAGCGAGACAGACCCCUAUUUCCAGACUGUCAUCACGACACAGAGCUCAGGAGGGGUGUACACCCCAACGGGACAGCCCGCGCCCGGCUCCCGGACUCCAGUGACAGGGUUCUCCUCCUUCGUCUGAGACGGGGCUGGAGGAUAGAGCCGAACCGCCGGCAGCACUCGGAGGGACCCGUCGCAGUGACUGUGUGUGUGCGUGACCGAUGCGGUGAACUGUGGGUAACUUCUCUAUCAGGGUAGAAAUGGAUGGGAACACGAACGAGGCUGGGGGUUUUUUUUCUGAAGACAAUCAACUGAAAAUAUGGAGCUGAACUAGCUGAACCUUUGUUAAAAAAAAAAAAAAAAAGGAAUUCUGAAAAGUGAUGAUUUUAACCACUUGUGAAUAGUAGGGGUUUUUUAACCGCUUUUUGUAACACUGCUUCAGGAAGCAGCUCCCAUGCCCUUCUCUUCCCUCUUUCUUUCUCUCCCCUCCUCCUGUCCCCCCCUUCCCAAACAAGGAGGUGAAUUCCCUAGAUGCAAUGAGUGACUUUGUGAUGUGAUUUGAAGAGAAACAUAAAACCUCCCAGGCUCUUCUUUCUUCCUUUUCUCUACUCUUUUUCUUUUUUUUUUUUUUUAAUUUUUCCCUGUCACCAAUGUCAAGUAGGAAAAUAUAGAAGAGGGACAAAUUUUUAUGUGAAAAGCAGACGCCUCCUCUCUCCUCAUUGCUGCUCCCCACAUUAGGAGCCCUGGCUGAUCAACUUAGGCUCAGAUGUGUCACUCUGCUCUAGGCUCAGUACUGGUGUAUUUAUACUGAAUUACUGACCUGCUUUUCUUUCUUGUUCAAAUGGGACCUGCUGCAUUCUUUAAAUAUUCCAACUCCAGGGCCUUUAGAAGAGGAGAUGGCUCAAAAGAGCACUGUAGGCAGCGGUGGGUGAAGCAAGUGGGAAGAAUUCAGAUGCAAGGUCAGUUUAUUUUUGGUGUGGCUCUAAUCCUCCCUCCUGGACUGCAUGUGCCAUUUGAAUCAGUCAUUUUUUAAAAGUCAAAGGACACAACCCAGCAAGCCAGAGGAAUCUUUCAAUUGAGACUGCAGUGACAAGCUAGAGUCUCUACUAAUUGAUGAGGUUUUUGAUCAUCAAAGUUAUCCUGCCCUGUCAGUAGAAGUCGAGCAUCCUUUCUCACCCAGACUCCGCAGUGCUGCUUACUGGUCUGUAAAAAAGUACACGGUAGCUGGGUUUGUUUUAUUUUAUUUUUUUAGGACAAAGACAUGUCACACAGACUGGGUGAGUUUUGGUGUCCGCAGGUGCCUUUUACUGAUUCUUCAGCUUCGUAUCUGGGAGAAGCAACAAAGUGUCUCCAAAUAAAACGAACCAGGUUUUUCAAGCAUUAAGGUCAUGAAUUACCUUGUGCACGUUUACAGGCUGCUUUGUGCACUUGAAGCUACAGCCUUUGGAAAGAAGAGAGGGGUUUUUUAGUUUAUUUUCCAUCCUUUUGUAUAGCUCCCUUUUUGUUUUCUUCUAUCCUUUUCCUGAGUCUGUCAUGUUUAGCAGCAAGUUGUUUGCUCACAAGGAAGUUGUCAGGGGUUUAAAGAAUCCAAGUCCAGCCCUUAGACCUAGCAACAGUCCUGGAUCACCAGACUUUUUACCGCAAGACUUUGAAAGGUGAACUUGGAAGUAGGCAGGUCCUUGCCACUCCAGUGUCUGGCAUUUCCUCCCAGGUGGAUGUAGGUCAGCCAGGAAAAUUGGUAUCCUGCUGCUUGCUAGCGUCCCAUCAGGGCAUGUGUGGGCACCGUUGUUAUUUCAAAUUCUCCCUGUCCUCUCUGGAGGGAUGCGGGACAGCUGUGGCACUGGGUGGUGGUGUCUUCAAGGCAGGUUGUUGAAACCAGCCUGGCGUUGAUUACGGUGGCUGCCUGUUCCUGCCCGUGGGGGCUGGUUAGAAGUAGGCUGGUGGCACCUCACCUGAAGAGGUGAGGUCCAAGGGCAAGCUCAGCCCUGCUGUCACCUUUCUUCUCGGACAGGGCAAACAAUCUCAGAACUGCUUUUACUCUUUGGCACUGCCUCUGAGAACUGCUGCUCUUGGUGCAUACAGAUUCUGGAUGGCUUUGGCACUGGAUUGCUGUUCCUCUCCAAAGGCUCCAGAAAGAAAAAAUUCCAAACCAAAAACUCCAGUGGGUGUGUUUAAGGGCUUUUGAGUUUGGGAUAAUGAUCCACAGCUCAUUAGAUGGCAAGAGAUGUGCAAAGACACGAGCCAGAACCCUGUGAGCCAUCCCCCUCUCUGCACCUGGGUAGGAUGUGUGUGGGAUGGAGAAGGGGCUCCAAAGAGGAUGACGUGGAGCUUACUGAAUGAGAAGAGGAAUGCAAAGCAAACAAAAACCCCACUGCCUUCUGUGCACUUUGACUGUUCUCU